GACUGUUGCGAGGAGGAGGAUACAACAAGAUGCAACCGAUCUUUCCCCACAAACUGAUACUGUCUCAUCCUUCGACAUCACACGAAUUAGUCGAACGACGGCACGGUUCCUGUUUUAUUUUUUAACUUGCAUGCUCAUUGUGAUUGAAGAAUAAUGCGCGCGCAGGUGAGAGCCAGACGGAAUUUACUAAUUCAACGAAAAGGUGACGAGACAAUUAAAAAUAUUAAUUUGGGAUUAUUAUUAUUUUUUUAUUUAUUUUUUUACAUCUGUUUAACUUAUGUUUCUUUUCAUAAUGCGGUUCACUAAGAUAUUAUUUUUGUGUAAGAAAUGCGUACACGCUUGCGCUGAGUUGGGUCGUUAAGGUCGCGAUACAUUUCCGGAAUUUCACUCGAGACGAGAUUUGCACAUCUUUUCGUUUUAAUCGUGUCAAAGUGCUAGCAAAAUAAACGCCACGGAGGAAAACCGCAAGCUCCCACCCACAGGUGGUUCCUCGUCUCCAAGGCUGAUGCCCCUCUUAUGAUCAUGUUGACAACAGAAACUCUCUGCACUCGUUUGACAUUUUUGACAGAUGACAGCUGGACUCGUGGAAGCGCAGGAUUAGAAAGCCACUAGCUGAAUGCCUCUCCAUCCAAACCUAUGAUCAGCUCAGUGUGUGUUUCGUCGUACCGCGGGCGCAAGUCAGGCAACAAACCUCCUUCCAAAUCAUGUCUGAAGGAAGAGAUGGCCAGAGGCGAAGACUCGGACAAGAUCAUUAUCAACGUCGGUGGCACGCGCCACGAAACCUACAGGAGCACCCUUAGGACCUUACCGGGCACGAGACUCGCCUGGCUCGCCGACACAGACAACCAGUUGAACCCGGACGCAGACAAGGUGCGAAAGACAUCCACCGGCGAGGUAUUUUUUGACCGUCAUCCUGGCAUAUUCGCCUAUGUACUGAAUUACUACAGGACUGGCAAGCUCCACUGCCCGGCGGAUGUCUGCGGCCCUCUUUUUGAGGAGGAGUUGGCAUUUUGGGGUAUCGAUGAGACGGACGUGGAGCCCUGUUGCUGGAUGACCUAUCGCCAGCAUAGAGACGCAGAAGAGGCGCUUGAUAUAUUCGAACCGCCCGAUCCGGAGGAUGCCGAGGAAGACCAGGACGUGCCCAAACGCUUCGGCAUCGAGGACAGCCCUGACCGCUCCAGAGGAUGCUGUAAAGUUUGGCAACCAAAGAUAUGGGCGCUCUUUGAAGAUCCAUAUUCUUCCCGUGCCGCCCGGAUAAUUGCCUUUGUCUCCCUCUUUUUCAUCUUGGUGUCCAUCACUAACUUUUGCCUGGAGACCCAUGAGGCCUUUAAUGAGCUUCAUAAUCACACUGAAGUAGUUAUGAAUGGUAACACCACUGUGAUCAAGAGCAUCCUAGAGGUAAAGACCAAACCAGUGCUCACAUUGGUGGAGGGAAUCUGCGUGGUCUGGUUUACCUUCGAGUUCCUAGUCCGCAUCAUAUGUUGCCCAAACAAGCUUUUCUUCGUCAAGAACACGCUAAACAUCAUUGACUUUGUUGCCAUUCUGCCCUUCUAUAUAGAGAUGAGUUUAAGUGGCCUCACAUCCAAAGCUGCCAAAGAUGUCCUGGGCUUUCUGCGUGUGGUCCGUUUUGUUCGCAUUCUUCGGAUCUUUAAGUUAACCCGACACUUUGUGGGUCUCAGGGUUCUUGGCCACACCUUGCGGGCAAGUGUCAAUGAGUUUUGCCUUCUCAUCAUCUUUCUUGCCCUUGGGGUUCUCAUCUUUGCUACCAUGAUUUACUACGCUGAGCGUAUUGGUGCAGAUCCCAACGACCCUAGUGGCAGCUGCCACACACAUUUUAAGAACAUUCCUAUCAGCUUCUGGUGGGCAGUGGUCACCAUGACAACACUAGGUUAUGGUGACAUGUACCCUCAGACAUGGCUGGGCAUGAUGGUUGGGGCUUUAUGCGCGAUAGCAGGCGUGCUCACUAUCGCCAUGCCAGUGCCUGUUAUUGUUAACAAUUUUGGGAUGUACUACUCCCUGGCUAUGGCCAAGCAGAAGCUGCCUAAGAAGAAAAAGAAGCACAACCCAAACCCAGACAUGGUGAUGGACUCAGCCUCAUUUGGAAAAUCUGAGAGCAACUCGCCAAGGAACAGCACACUGAGUGACACAUGCCCUCUAGCUGCUGAGGAGAACAUCAGAAUAAACCGCUCAGAUUCAAAGCAGAAUGGUGAUGCUAAUGUCCCUCUUUCAGAAGAGGAGGCCUGCAGUCUGACAUUUCUUGCAGACCUGAAUCCACCAUCCACACAGAGAGCUGCAAAGACACACUCAAAUCUCCGGCAAACCACACUCAAGCAGAUGUCACCACUUUGACUUGAGGGACUUUGAAAAGUGGAUGUGGUCCUGAGGUUGUCACCAACCAGUCACUAAUCAUGUCUCAUUCACUAAUCAUGCAUCCUCUGUCUCAGUCAAGGGGGCGACACACCUGUUGACUGAUACUAUUUGUAACACUUCUAGUCACAUUAUCACAUACGUCUGUCUGUUUUCGAGCCCCCAGUCAUGUAUUUGCAUGAUAUAGUUUUUAGUAACUUUAGUCAAAACAAAACUGUAAUGUAUUUUAUAUUUAGGGCACAUAAAAUCUGACUUGAAGCAACUCUUAAAAAAAUAUUAAUUUCUUUGUUAUAGACCCAGUUUUGUGGCUUUUAGCCCAUGUCUGUUAACUUUGAGGCCAUAGUGUACUGCUAAAAGUUGACAAAAUUAACUUUAAGCACAUAUAUUGUUUCAAAAUGUUCAGUCUUUCUUUUCUAAGAAAACCAACCAAAAAUAUGAAUGACCUUGCACUCACAGGCAUAUCCAAGUUAUUAUUCCUAAAAAUGCCCUAUAGAAAGAUAAUAUCUCCUCUCCGUAAUACCACCUGCCACUGACUUGCAUUAACAAGUGGUAAAUCAUGGUUCACUGCUAUGGCAUAAACUAAGGGCUAUUGGCUAAUUUAUUUAAGGACAAACCCUUCUAUAUGUCCUGCACCAACUUCCCUUUUUUAUUAAGAAGUAAUGAGGUUUUUAACAAAUUGAUUUUUCUCUCAGCAAGUCAGCAAUAUUUGUUUAUAUACAAAAACUGUCAAACAUUUGUCAAGAUUGUCUUUAAAAUGUGCAAUAUCAGACUGAACCCUAUUUUUAAGAGACACAACCCCUUGUGACAGAAUGAAGUGAAACAGUUCCUGUGUUUAAAUGUUGGGUAGUGUAAUUAUGUUCUUGUGCUAUGUAGGUGAAGAUUUAUAAAUCAUUUCUCCCUUCAUGAUACAAACUGGCAGCUUGGCUUUAUUUGGACAAAAGCAGAAACUUGUGGGCUGUGUCUAUGUAGUAUUGCUUCAGAGAUCACAGAAUAGCAAACUGUAAGAAAGCUCAUUUGUCAUUUUAGAAAGAGUAUUUGAGCAGGGAUCACUUUCCCAAAGGCAUUUUAAUUAGAAAUGUCAAAGGAAUAGGCUGAUGAGACUCUUAAAAAGAAUAAAAUAUUUUACAGCAACUUAAUUAAAGAGUGCAGUGGCAGCUGCAUGCUUUAUGAACUAUCAGUUUCUGUAAUUCAAUUUACAUGAAGUCUUAUUGCAUUUGAUAUCAUCAGCCAUCAAUAUUCAUUAUUUAGCUGGUUAAGAUGGGACCAAACUCAGAAGCCUUUAUAUGUCCUGCAAUGUUAGUUAACUGUAAUAACAUUUUUGUGUGUGUACACGCUGUAUAAUAUGUCCAAGUUGUGCCUAAUGUCCUGUAAUACUACUAAUAAUACUAAUUCUAAUAAUAAAAAAACAGUGGAAUACUUUGUUGUUCACAGAGAGGCUUGUAAUGAGAUGUCAAUCAUGUUUGCACACAUGGACAAAUAAUCUUGCUUGAGUCUCUUAUGAAUAUAAUUUUUGUUCUGUUUUGUUCUUUUUUUUUUUUUUAUUCAGUUUUUGUCUGCCAUAGUUGCCUUAUGUUUUAUAACAGACAGUUCAAGUGCAACACCUUAUUUAGAACAGAAAAGUGCAUCAUGUAAAUUACCGUAAAAUAACCACUGUGUGUAGUAGAGUAUCUUGCAAAAAGAUGUAUUUACUAUCUAGUUAUGCAGAUUGUUUUCAUAAUGGUUCUACAGUAUCUGCCUUUAGCCAGUAACCGUGAGUAUGUUUGUGUGAUGUAUAAUGAAAAUGUAUGAUGUUAUAUGUCUAGAGAAAAAGCAAUUAAUAUCUUGUAUUAUGUAGGCAUGUGUGUCUAUGCAUUUCUGCAGGAAUACAAAUAAAAUCUAAAUAUUAAACCGAA